UGCAUUUUGUUUCAUGUUAAAAUUGGUAUGUUUACGAUCUUCCAAUGUGUGACGACGGGUGUUCUGACUGUGAAAAGUCUCAAAACGAUGUGGUAAAUAGCGAAGUAUGUUUAAACCAAUCCGAGGAAAGCGAUGAUGAAAAAGUUUUAGAAGUUUUCGAUCUUAUUAGAGAUAUUCGGGACCCAGAGAAAGACCAAACUCUAGAGGAACUCAAUGUUGUAGCAGAAAAUAUGAUUCGUGUUAGGAAAACUGGUUGUGAUGAAUAUCUUGUAAACAUCUCCUUUACUCCGACAGUUCCUCAAUGUUCAUUGGCAACCCUUAUUGGCUUAUGUGUUCGGGUAAAGUUAAACACAACUUUGUCGUGGAGACAUAAGUUGGACAUCUAUUUGACGAAAGGAACUCAUAACAGCGAAAUUGAAAUUAACAAACAGAUCAAUGACAAAGAGAGAGUUGCAGCAGCAAUGGAGAAUCCAAAUCUUAGAAAAAUUGUCGAAGAUUGCCUCAAAGAGCCCGAGUAACUGUUUUGUCCCUUUCGUCUUUGAACAUCUUCUAUCCACUGCUCUAAGAAGAUGAUAGAUAUUUUUCAGCUGAAAAAAAACUUAUUUUAGUUGAAAAUUAGCUUCACGAAAGCUAGAAAGAUUUCAAGAAUAUCAGGUUUUAAAUUCAAAUUUAUAUUUAAUUACACUUCUAGCGAUAAAAAUUAAUUAUCAUACGUAGCAAACUUAGACACAAAACUUGCCGGCUCCUAUUUUGGAUGUGAAAAUUCCAAAUAGCAUCUAAUAUUCUGUGGCUUCUCGCCGUAUUUUUUACAAAAAGUUAGCCUGCAUUAACUGAUCUGCAUAUAUUAGUUUGUCUGGAUGGCUGGAGAUUAAAAUAUGUCUGCAUGAGAUAAGACCAUUAAGAUUAUAGGUCUCAGAAAACUGCAUGCCAACACUUAGUUUCCCGGCAAGUAAAUUAUGGCGAAUGGUGGCGAUGGUGAAUGGUGAGUCGUUCCUGUACGUGUAACCUAUACAGGUCAUAGCUUCAUAGAUGUAAUUUAAAUAUUUAACUAGAAAUACAUGCACGCAGUAACCCUCGCCAUUUCAAACCAAGCAAUUAAUAAUUUCCUGAGCUUGCCAGACUAAAGGCAAAGCUUAUUUUAUGAAAUUACUCAAAUUAGUCGAUAGAGAGUAAAUAUGAAGUAAACGAAAAAAGUAAAUAUAAUUAAAAAUUGCCCGUUAUUUUGCUGCAUUAUCAAAUCAGGCAGUUUAUGGAUUCUCGCACAUUUAGUAAAUGUUAAUAAUUCUGUCUAAAUAGUUCAAAAUCUUCAAGAACUAAACAUCAAAUAUUAUUUCUCGAAAUUUCAAACAGUAGUUGCGGUCGACUUUAAAUUUUUUUAGUUGCGCUUGCUCUAACAAAAUACAAAUUUUAAUUUCAAAAACAUUGGUGUAGUAGCUUUUCAUAGCUGUUUAUGUCUUUGCAAAAUGACAUAGCAAGCUAGUAUUUGCUCUAAUAUUUGUGCAAAUAAACUGCAUGCAUGCUGACGGCAAAUACGGAAUAAACAAAAUAGACACCUGCCUUUUCAAGCUCACAGAUUAUGAAUCAUUCCUCGUUCACUGUUUUGUCCUUAAUCUCUUUAAGUAUUUUUAAGCGUUCAUUUUUAUCCUGUCUUUUAAAUAAAGUUUAUAAAGUGAUUUUACGAAAACUUUUGCGAAUGAAUGACAGUUAAAUUGCUGACGUUCUCAUAUUUCGUUCUUAGCCAAUCAGAAAGUUGCUGAUUACCAGCACACUGGUUCAUAUUUUGCGCAUGCGCACAAGUGCCAUGAUCCUUGAACGUCCAUGGUCCAUGACAUACAAUUCGGCAACUUUGGACUCCGAUAUGUUCUGUCACAAUACCCGGGUGUACAAUACUCCGAGCGGAAUUAGUACCCUCG